AUGGCUGACCAACCUACACAUGGGAGAAGUGCCUCCCUUCCGAAUGCACGGCCUUUUACGACCCCGACCCGUCCCCCUCCCCUUGAUGAAGCAACUACCACACCGCCAGCAACAGCAGACGAUGGCACUCCAGUUACCACGCCGGCAGCAACUGAAGAUGGUGGCCCUGGCCCCUCAUCACAGCUCCCGUUCAACACGGCCUCAACGUAA